AUGCGAUCUGGAGACGUCGAGUUUGCGCAGGCGGUCGACUGGGAUGUUCGGGUACUCAGAGUCGGCUUGAAUCAGCUCCUCAUCAUCCUCCAUUAUCGUGUCCUCGUCCUUCGCCGCUUACACAGCUGCGUCAUGGCGCGCAAGCCCCUCCACGGCAGCAUCAUGAUCGAACAACUUCUCGGCACUGUCGUCGGCUUCAUCGAGCGCGAUACGGAGCUCUUCGAUAUCCCUACCCAGCUGUUCGAUAAUCUUGUCGUACUCCUGUCCCCACCGAAUGCAUGCCAGGCUGCAACGGUAUUCCAGAGAGUAGCGGCCUUGACACAGCAAGUGUUUGCCUCUAGCCAGUCGCCUAGGCAGGAGCCUAGGAGAAUGGACGUCUUGAUUUUGUGA